CCGCAAAACUGCGAUACUCAAAUCAUAAUGGCUUGGAAGGUCUUGUUGAUAUCCAUGGGUUUCCUUGCGGUAGCCAAAGGGGAAGGAGCUACAAGCCACAUUUCUGUUUCGAGACCAAGCGGAGAAUAUAGUUACGACAUCUCCCAUGACCAUCCUGGAGGAUCCCGAGGUUCUUCUAGUCCUCACGGAUACGGCGGAUUCGGAUCCCAAGGAGGCACAAAAUUCGACCACGGAAGCUACUUAAGUCAUAAUCAAAUGCCGAACUUUGCUAACAAGCAUCUGUCGAGCAAGAUAGACAUGUUUUCUCACGGCAAUCAAAACGCUUUUCAGAAUCAUCGCCAGGGUUACCCCAUGGGAGCCCUUCUUCACCGGGAACACGCCACGACCCAAGGACGUAAACCGUCAGCGUAUUAUCAAUCCGGCUCGGCUUAUCUUGGAAAUCAGAAUAAUUACAUGCAGGAUCAACAAGGACACGGAGGCUAUCGGCAGAACCUGAACGACGGAUACCGAGGUUUUCUGCUUGCAGGUCGGAGACAGCAAAGCUCACCAGUACGAAAUACGCAACAUUACGAUUUCCGAAAUUCCGGUCACGGAAGGUCAGGGCAGCUGAAUCAGAUCGCUCAUGGCUUCGGGCCUCACAACGAUCAUGCCACCAGCCACAUUAAUUACAAUCUGCUCUCGAUGGCCCAACACAGACCUCAAGGUUCUUGGUAACGAUAAACGCGAAUCAAAACGUCUAAUUUGCCAUUUAUUUAUUUUAAAAACAUUUUGUACAAUCUUGUAAAAUAAACCAUCAUUACUGAUGUUA